UAAAAGCAACAUACAAAGAGACAUUUGCAUGCAUGUGUGUGGGUGUAGCAGCCGCAGCAGCAGCAGCCCAGCUCCAGCGUACUAACUUCGUGCUCGUUCGGCAGUCGUCGUUUGUCUUUCGUUGUUGCUCGCUCGCUGGCUGGUUCAUUUGUUCGUACGUUGUGUUCGCAUGCUCGUUUAAUCGUGUUGUUGGAGUAACAGCAUCGCCUACGCAGCAGCAGCAAUAGCGGCAACAACGACAGGCAAAGGAAGCGGUUUAAGAAUGCAUGGGCAUGCACAAAGUACGAUGCACGAAUCACGAAACACGACAAAUGCAAGGAACACAAGAGAAAUGCAAAUUUAACAGAAAUUGAAAUAAGUGCAACGGGUUUCCUAUUCCAAUUCCAAUUGCAAUCCCACAUCGCAUUGUAAUUCAAAACGCAGUCGCAAAUUUAUGCCAAACUGAUCAAAAGCGGGCGCGCGCGCGAUAUACAUAUAUACGUAUCAAGGUAAAGAGAGAGAGUGUGAGACUUGUAAAGAGUACGCUAAGGAAAAAAUAAGAGGAGAGCGGACAAGCGCCGUUAAAUCGGAUCACGUCCAUUUUAGCUACAGCUGCAGUUCCUUUGUUAUUGGAUUUGUUAUACACCAAUUGCUGCUCCUGCCUCCUGCUUGGGACGUCGUAAUAUGGAUUGUGGUGCUCUUGCCGCGCAGCAGCAGCAACUGAUACAACAGCUACAAAAUACACAACAACAACAACAUCUUCAACAGCACCCACGACAACAAAGUACGCUAAAUUGCCUGGAAGCAACAACAAAUAUUAUUCAACUAACAAGCCAGGGGAUCAUCGUUGGCGGCGUAGCCAGCGACGGAUCAGAGUCAAUUGGUGGCAUAGGAGCAGGAGCAGGAGCAGGAGAAGGAGGAGGAGGUGCUGGUGUGGGCAGUGGGAGUCCACAGCACAAGUUGCUGGGCAUUGGGGAUAGUACGAGCGGCGCUGGCGCCGUCAAACUGCGCAAGCACAGCGAACGUUCGACGCCGGACGCCAAGACGCACGCCUCCUAUCGCAUCUCCAUGGCCAAUCUGGAGGAUACACAAGAGUCCGAACUGGAUCUGAUACUCGGCGAGCUGAGCUUGCUCGAGGCGCAGAUUAGCUACGGCGAGGCGAGCUUUCUGCCUGGCGUGGCAGCUGGCCAAGCGCCAGGCGCUGUACAAGGCGGUGCAGGUGGUGCAGGUGUUGCCUCACCGCCGCCACCGCCGCCGCCGGCAUUGGCCUCCGUUUCAGCGGCCUCGUCGCGCACACACUCACGCACAAAUAGCAGCAUAUCUGGGGAUGUUAGCACCACAUCGUCCUCGUCGGGCAUAUCCGAGAAUGGCAAUGGGAGUGGUGGCAUGGCCGGUGGUGCCGGUGGCGUUGUCAUCGGCGGACUCUCCACUGGCCACAUGACCAUGGGAAUCACGCUGGGCGUUGUCACGCCCCGUGAGCCACGCACCGAGUCGCCCGACAAUGAUUCGGCCUUCAGUGACACCGUUUCGCUGCUCUCCAGCGAGUCGUCCGCCUCGUCCAACACCUCGAUGCAGCAGCAACAGCAACAACAGCAGCAGCAGCAGCAGCAACAGUUGCUGCUGCAACAACAGAAACUACACCUGCAGCAGCAGCAGCAGCUGCAUCAGCAUCCGCUGCAGUCCUCGACGAAGGCGGCCAAGAUUCAGCUGGCCCUGCACAAGCUGGAGAGCGCGCCCAUCCGGCGCCUCUUCGUGAAGGCCUUCACCUCGGACGGGGCAUCCAAGUCGCUGCUGGUGGAUGAGCGCAUGGGCUGCGGCCUUGUGACGCGCCUGCUCGCGGACAAGAAUCAUGUCCAGAUGCAGCCCACGUGGGCGCUGAUUGAGCACCUGGGCGACCUGCAAAUGGAGCGCCUGUUUGAGGAUCAUGAACUACUGGUGGAUAAUCUGAUGACGUGGAACUCGGAUGCGGGCAAUCGCGUGCUCUUCCAGCAGCGGCCGGACAAGGUGGCGCUAUAUCAGCGGCCGGAGCUGUAUUUGCCGGGGCCACAGAUGGCGCCGGGCUGCCAGCACGACGAGCAGACGCGUCACAUGCUGCUGGAGGAGUUCUUUGAGACGCAGGCCCAGCUGCAGCUGGACGGGCCGCUCUACAUGAAGGCCGAUCCGAAGAAGGCCUGGAAGCGUCAUCAUUUCGUCCUGCGCCCCUCCGGCCUCUACUACUUCCCCAAGGAGAAGACGAAGAACACGCGCGAUCUCGCCUGCCUGACCGUCUUCAGCGGCCACAACGUCUACACGGGCAUCAAUUGGCGCAAGAAGUAUAAAUCGCCAACGGAUUACACGUUCGGCUUCAAGGCCGCCAACGACUCGUCGCUGGGCAAGUCGUGCCGUUCCCUGAAAAUGCUGUGCGCCGAGGAUGGGGCCACGCUGGAUCGCUGGCUGACGGCCAUACGGAUCUGUAAAUAUGGCAAGCAGCUGUGGCACAGCCACAAGCUGCUCAUGGAGGAGCUGUGCUCGGGCAGCGCUGGCGCCACUGCGUCCGGCGUUGGCGUUGGCGGCAGCUUUGCCGCCUCGAUGCGCAGCGAGUCGAUAAGCAGCAUCUCGUCGGCGGUGCCAUCGCAAUGUGGCAGCGUCUCAUCGGCCAUUAGCAGCAUGUCGAACUCGAGCAGCGGCCGCAUCUCGCGCGCCUCCAGCUCCAGCUCCAGCGGCUGCCUGUCGGAUGAGAACAAUGCCUUCGACUCGGAGUUCACGACCGGCACCAUAAAGCGCAAGCCCUCCAUGAAGCCCAAUCUGCCGCUAACGACAAUGACGCGCCAGCUGAAGGAGGUGGGCGAAAUCACGACCGGACCAGUUGCCGUGGCCACGGCAGCAGCUGGCGUCGGGGGUGGCGGCGGUGUUGGCGACUCGGGUGCCUCGCCAGAGCGCAGCGGCACGCUGACCCGCCGGCACAGCCGUCGCAAAUCGCAGGAGAGCAACGGCAGCAGCGGUGGCACGCUGAAGCGUCGCCCGGUGGUGCCGGUGAAUGCGUCUGUGAAGCGGGAUGUGAUUGCAUCCGUGUCGGGGUCAAUGGCAAACGAUGGCAAUUCGUCGUCGUCAUCGAAUUCGACGCCGACGCCAACGCCCAGCAUUUGUGCCAAGCCGCCGCCCGGACUGAGCGAUGUGGAGCUGAUGUGCUCAUCGACGUUGUCGCUGGACUCGCUGCCGCCACCGCCGCCGCCCGAGGAGGUGCUCGCCUAUGCGGAGCCCACCUCACCACUGACGCCCACGCCCAUGUCCAUGGCCAUGGCCAUGUCGAUGGGCAUGGUCAUGCCCAAUAGCAAUGGCACACUGCCGCCGGCGGUGCCCGCCAAGCCCAUCAAGCCAGCUGUGAAGCAGACGCUGAAGGCAGCGCCGCCCUACAAGGCGCCGCCCGACUACGUGGGACCAGCGGCGGCCCAGUUGCCGCCGCCGCCGCCGCCCGUUCAGAAGAAGGUCUCCUUUGCCGACUCGCCGGUGCUGCUGCGGCGCAAGAUGUGCUCCCCGGAGCCGCAGCUGCCCCUACGCUCGCCGAGCACAACGCUCAGCAGCGGCUCGGGCAGCAGCAUUGGCUAUCCGUCGCAGUCGCAGCCGAUUUACUCGCCCGGUCCGCUGCUGCCGCCGCGCAGUGAUCUGUCCCGGCUGUCCGGCUGCAGUCAGAAUGGCAGCGAUGUGGUCACAUCGCCGAAGCGCCUGCAAGAGUCUGCCUCGAAUCCGCCGCGUGACUUCCUCAAGGAUCUGCAGCGCGUGAUGCGCAAGAAGUGGCAGGUGGCCCAGAAGUGCAAACUGGAGCCGGCGACCACGCCGCACGAGGUGCUCGGCUUCCGUGACUUCAACAAUGAGGAUCUCCUGGCGGCCCACAAUUUGAACUCGGGCGCCAACAGCUCGCACUACUAUCGCGAGACGGCGAACGUGAGCCACUGGGUGCAGGAGCACUACGAGUAUGCGCACAAUGAGUACGCGCUCUACGAGAACGUUCAUGCCCAGAGCAAUGGGGCGGCAACAACGGCGAUGGGCGGUGCUGGCGCAACUAUGGUGGAUGCAGCUGGGCCGCCGCCAGUGCCGCCGCCAGCCGCUGUGGCCGAUGCAGCUGCGGCGCUGCGCAAAAAGCGUCCGCCGCCGCCGCCGCCAAAACGCAGUGAUUCGACGCAUCUAACGCAUCGUGUCUAGAGUUAUAGCGCCAAGGCACUGUCUACUAUUGGCGUCGCAAUGAUCCUGCAACAACAACAGCAACAACAAUUUCUACGUGUCUAAACUUAAGUGCAAAAACAAAUUCCUAACUAUGAGCAAGAGAGAAACGAAAAGAACCCUAAAAUACUAGUGCAUAAGUCUGGGGGGGCGGCGACACGCCCACUUCUCAAGUAUUAUAUUCAGUUGAGCUUGUUAAAUUAUUAUUUUCCCGUGUGUGUGUGUGCGGCAAAACUCUCGCUCGAAAUGUUUAUAAAUUUACAAACCAUAUAU